UUUUGACCCUAUAAAUUGUGAAGUGAGCUCAAACUAAUUUACUUCAACUCACUCAUUCUCUCCAUUAAAUUCAACACGUAAGGAUUAACCCAAGAGCACAUCAAUGGCGGAAUCUCGUCGUUUCCUUUGCACUUUUCUUUUGAUUCUCUUCACCAUUGUACUGUCCUCUUUAAGUGUCCCUGCAAUGGCGGCCGGGCGUGGUAUCCCCAACGAGGCCGCCGACAUCAACGGGGCGUCCAAGUAUGUGGACAAGAAACUCCAUCCUGAGUUUCUCCACGGUUACGACGGAACCGUGUUGAUUCCCGGGUUCGGCCGCGUAGUCAUCCCGCCCAAGGGUCAAAUAGUGGACCCAUUCAACUACAACCCCAUCACCGGCAAGAGUGGCGGCGGAACUGGCGCCAUCAACCCCUUCGAUGGCAUUGUAGGCGGCGGCUCCGGCUAUGUUCCCGGCGGAGAUGACACUCUCCUCCCUAACCCGGGUGUUGAGGUACUCAACCCGCCUGUAGCAGCUGGCGGCGGCGAUGAUGCUGGCAGCCUCACUCCUCCUGCUCGUCGCUGAUAAUUUGAUUAUUAGUACGUCGGGAGUGGUGAAUAAGAAGCUGUUGUAGAAGCUUGAAUUGCUUGCGUAAUACGGAGUAAUAUAAUGGCACGCAGAUUUGAGCGAAUAGUAUACGGAUGUUCGUGCAACAUAUAUGGAGCAUGAAAAUAAGCCUUAGAGUUGCAUGGAAUUACAAAAUAACCGGGUGUACACAUACACCCGGAUGUACGACAUCGGUCAUAAUGAACUAAAAUCCUACUCCGUGUUGGAUUCACUAGAUUCUCACCCGUGCGAUGCACGGAUCGCAAUUUAACAUCAAUUAUAUUGUAAUCUUAGAUAACGUUAUCAGCUGAAAACAUUUUAAAAAAAUCAUAUGUGUAGAUAUACUUGUAUUAAAGAAUUAUUAUUUUUGAAUGUGUAUUAAAGAAUAAUAGUAAAUGUAAUAUUAAUGAAAAUUCAUACAAGAAGUUAUAA